ACACUGCUAAAACGUUAUAUACGCUAGCUAUAUUCAGUCCGAUCUUUAUUUAUUUUUUUAUAAGUUAACUUCAUUUUCUUGAACUGAACGAUACGUUGUUUCUAGUGCAACCACAGUGAAAAGUGAUCAUAGUGUUUUCAGAGCACUUUGUGCGAUAGAAAAGAUACAAAUAGCAGUUAAAAAUCAUCAUUCUUCUGCUGAUACCGCGUUAUUCUAGAUAAUAGAAAUAACUUCUUCUUAUCAUACGUGUAAUCAGUGGACUCCUGUCGGCUAUUCCCGGUACUAUUAAUUUAUCAUUUGUUUAUCAACAAUGGUGAAGAAGUGCGACGGCGACCCUUGUUUUGGUGGAUCUAGCAGAGCUAGCAAAACAGAAUGUCGAGCCUGUCGAAAAUCUUUUCAUUUGAAGUGCGCAAACCUAAACGGAAGCCUGUUCAAAGCGAUUCGUGAUUCACCAGGUGUGUUUUGGUUUUGUCCAGUCUGUCGUGUUACUGAAAAUCCACUGGAUCAUCGCACCAACAACAACACAACAAUUGAUAUCGUUCUGCAUCGCCUGAAUUCACUUGCACGGCUGGUAAAUGCGCAAAUCGACAUUACUCGAUCAAUGUACCGUGCAUUUGGAUCAGCCUGUGUCCGUCCGAGUUUAACCAACCCAUAUUCUACUUCGCCGAAACACCAGUCGGCAAAUCGCUCCGAUUGUAACUUCGAUGAUGCGCUCGAUCAAAUGCAGUUUAAUUUCACACAGGACUUCAACUCCCUAAUUGAGGCAAAUGCUUCUGAUAUGCAUGGUAAUAUUACCAAGAACCAUAAUGAUCAACGAGCCGAGAACAAUAAACGUGAUCGGACAUCGAGCUCCGGAUUAUCUUUACUUGAGGGAGAUGAAAAGCGAAUGAGAAUCAAAACAGCUCUUUUGUGGGACAACCGCAUUUUCCGUGCAGAAUCACUGGAGACGACCAUCUACCUCUUUCGGCUACCACUCCAUCCAUUACUACAGCUAAUUCUGCUGCGGCUACUGCUGCCGAUACUGCUGUAGAUCUGGAUAAUGCCUCGAAUGAUAUUAUCACUAAUAUAGCUUCUACUACUGCCUGCUAUGUUGCUCCCACUGUUACAUACUAUGUAGCCCCCACUGCCGCGACAAAUGUCGCUUGCACUGUUGCGACCAAUGUCGCUCCCACUGACACGACAAAUAUCAUCCCCACAUCAGUAACAAAUGUCACCACUGAUAGGAAUAGGAAUGGUGAGCAAACAAUCGCUUCGUGUAUGGCCACUUUGGGUUCUCAAUCACUUCGUUCAACUGUAUCUACCACUACGGCCAAUAAUAAUGCUGCUACCACUGCUGCUGCUGCUGCUAAUGCUGAUGUUUCGUGCUACACUGUUCCCACCGGUGCAACGACUGUUGCUAUGUCAUCCGUCAUGAGAUCAAAUAUCCCGGCUCCUGAUGCUUCAAUUUCACUUUUAACUGAUAGUCAGUGUACUAAUGAUAGUAUCUCCGCAAACCAUCCAAGAAAUGCUAAUAGUAGGAAUAAUGUCAGACAAGUAUCUACUUGUAUUUACACGCCCACAACAGCUUUACCAUUGCCAAUACGCGUGAAUAGUUUGCGCAAUGAAGCGUUAGGUAAUAGUUUAAGUACAAAUGUGCUACCCAACCUCUUAGUGGCGAACCCACAACUGCCUCAGAAAUGGUUCUACGUUUCUCCUUUCCUUCCGCAAGAAGACUGUAAUAACGUGAUUAAUUAUGUUUCGAAGAAAACGAAUAGUGAUCAACAUUCCAUAAUAUGUCACAAGUUAAUUAGGCGUAAUCGCGAAUCAAGUCGUUCUCUUACAUAUGUAUCAUUUAAAAUGAGUUUUCCAGAAAGAUUAGUUAAUGUUGUGACAUCGAACGGUUUUUGGCCAAACGGAGUGAUUAUAAAACCUUUUUCUGAUCAAAAGCCUGUUAUGAAACGAAUGGAAUCUGCAGCAGUACAUGUGUCUUUCCCUCGAAAUAAUAAGAAUUUUUUAGGACAACCGGGGCAAUCCCCCCAGUACAGCUCUUCAAGAACCGUUUAUCAACGAAUACCAUCACCACGAAUGGCCAAACCUCGUCCGCCGAGCAAACCCCAAAGGCCGCCGAGCUCGAAUUCCACUCGGACUCCACGUGUGUUGGAAACACUCGUCUAAAUGGACUGAAUGUGUUUUACCAAAAUGUUAGGGGAAUUAGAACGAAAUUAGACAAAUUAACUGUUGCCGUUACCUCCACAAACUAUGAUGUUAUUGUGUUUACAGAAACAUGGCUUGAUGAUACAAUAACCAAUCAACAGAUUUUCGGAUCAGAUUAUUCGGUAUUUCGUUGCGAUAGGUCGCGAUUCAACAGUUCCAAACGUCGCGGUGGGGGUGUAUUGAUAGCCACCCACCGAAGAUUGAAUGCUUCUAUUAUUCUCCAAGAUUCGCUUGAACUUGAACAAAUAUGGGUCCAAAUUACUGUUCGAAGCUUCAAGAUCUUUGUUUGUUCCUUCUAUCUGCCCCCUGAUAAAAAAACAAAUUUACACAUACUAAAUGCUCACAUCAGUUCUAUCGAGAAUGUUUCAUCUAAACUCGGUGAACGUGAUGCUGUAAUCAUUUGUGGCGAUUACAACUUAUCAUGUAUCAAUUGGCACUCUAACACGCUGGACCCUAGCGCUGGGUUGAUUGUUGGACCUCUAAGUUCUGAGCGAACCUUACC